UUCAAAGUCACGAAUAGUACUGUUAAUGACAGGAUUUCCAGAUGCACCACCACUGCUGGAGAGCUUUAGGUUUUAGAAGAUGGGGUGGUCUAGCAUGUUGCUCUUAGACAAUGUCCUUCUAACCCUAUGGCUUUCUAUUGUCAAAGAAGUGAAACCUUGUGAUUAUCCACAAAUCAAAAAUGGUGGUCUAGUUUCUGCUGCAAUCCACAAACAUUCUUUCCCAGCACAGUUAGGAAAGAGAUACAUCAUUUACUGCAAUAGAGGAUUUGGGCCUUUUCCCAUGAAUGUCAUUUACUGCACUCAACAAGGAUGGGAGCCUAAAGUUCCAUGCCGCACUAAUUCCUGUAUGGACCCCCCACAUGUAGAAAAUGCUACUAUAACAUGGCUAUCUGGUGAGACAGUACGUUAUGAAUGUAAUAAACCUCUUAAAAUAUUUGGGGAAGUGGAAGUGAUAUGUCAAAAUGGAACUUGGACAGAACCACCAAGAUGCAAAGAAACGACAUGCAAACCCCUUCUAUUCCAAAUGGUUUCUAUUUUCCUCAGAAGACUGAAUAUAAAACUGAUGAUGCAAUCAUAUAUGAUUGUAAAGUUGGCUCCUAUCCUGCUACUAAAAUAUCUCUUGUAAAGUGUACAAGUGAUGGCUGGAUCCCUGCUCCAAGAUGUAACUCAGAACCUUGUGAUUUUCCACAAAUCAAAAAUGGACGUCUAUAUGAUGAAAACUAUCUCAGACAGCUCCUCCCAGUACCUGCAGGAAAGUGGUUCUUCUAUCACUGCAACAGUGGAUAUAUGAUAUCUUCAAAUAGGAGAUCCAUUAUCUGCACUGGACAAGGCUGGGAGCCACAAGUUCCAUGUGUCAGAGAAUGUAAUUUCCAUAAUGUGGAGAAUAGAAAAUCUUUAUUAUGGGACCUAUCAUAUACAGAGGGCCAGUCUGCAAAAGUCAAUUGUCAACCUGGCUACAGUCCUCCAAAUGGUCAAGACAUAGUUACAUGUACAGAGAACGGCUGGUCUCCUCAACCCAAAUGCAUCCCUGUCAAUCCAUAAAUAGUAUCAGAAGAAAUUAUGGAAAAAUAAGACCUAAUUUUCAGAUGGAGAGAAAAACAAAAGGAGUAUUAUGAAUCAGGGGAGACUCAACAAUUUAAGUGUAAAAAGGAUAUCAUCUAGCAGCAUCUCAACCAUUCCAUACAAUGUGGAUUGAUGGUCACAUUGAUUAUCCCACUUAUACAAAAUAUAUUAAAAGCAUUAUUUGAAUUUAGUUAUACAACUUUCUUUGGUUAAGGUGUAUGCAUAUUAUCAAUAGUUUCAAUUUUAUUUUUGAAAUAUUAUCUAACUCAAUUUUAUUAUAAACUUGUAUUGAUAUAGUGGUGAUUAAUCUGGCAACUGAGAGACUGUUGAAACAAAGGCCAAUGUGAUUUAUUCAAAACUCCCCAAACAUGAUGUGUCUUAGCACAAAAAUCAGUGGCAAGGUAAUAGAUGCAAUCACUUCCCAAUCUGUCUUUAUCCACCACUUUCCCAAAGCUUCUUCUACACCUUUUGAUAUAAGUCCAAGAUUCACAGUGAACACAAGUCUUUAAAAUGUGUAAUUUCACAAAUAUGAAAGAACAAAAUGUCAUACUUUAUAUUACUAAUGAAUAUAAGUAAUUUGUGUGAUUUUGCUUUUGUUACUAAUUAAUAAAUAAGAAUUUUGUGAAUUAAUUUUCAAAUGUACCACUUUUAUAAUGUUAAAUAUACAACAAUUAUAUAAAAGAACAAAUUUUAAUUGGGCAUAAGAGUACAUUAAAUACCACAAUUUUGGCAUUAAAAAACUAUGAAAAUUUUGUAUAACUUACAAACAGGUAAGAUGCACAUACUCUAUGCCCCAAAACAAUAAAGAAAAAUUGUGUUGAA